UUUUGCCAAAUAACCAACUAUUUGUCUAUUUUAGCAUCACUUUUCUCGGUUCACACCACUUGUCACGCAACCUCCCCUUUAAAACCCCUCACUCAGUCCUCACUGUCCUUCAACUCACCUUUCUCAAUUUCAGUAUUCUUUCACUCCACCCAAAACUUUUAUUACACUCUCCUCUACGUCUCUCGAAUUAGAUCAAAAGGUUCUCCCUUUUUGUGCCUUUUUUUCAAGUGUUCGGAAAUCAGAUGGCUUUAGAAGCUCUUAACUCUCCAACAACAGCUGCUACGCCACAUUUCCACUUUGAAGAUAGCAACUCACACUCCCUGGAAUCAUUCACCAAGAGUAAGCGUUCAAAGCGACCACGUUUCGAUCAUGUUACCACCGAGGAAGAAUACCUCGCUCUGUGUCUGAUCAUGCUAGCACGCGGUGGCGAAGCCAACUCCUCCAACACUGCCUCCCCUCCUACUCCAACAGAGCAGAAUCUUAGUUACAAGUGUACUGUUUGCAACAAGUCCUUUAACUCUUACCAGGCUUUGGGUGGCCACAAAGCCAGCCACCGUAAGCUUUCAGGUGGCAACGAAGACCAGUCAACAAUCAAUCCCGCUAGUGCCGGUGGAGUUAUUUCUGGCGCGUUGAACCCAAGCAGUAAGUUCCACGAGUGUUCCAUCUGCCACAAAAGCUUCCCUACUGGCCAGGCCUUGGGAGGCCACAAGCGAUGCCACUAUGAAGGUGGGGCUGGGAAUAGUGCUAGCUGCAUGACCACAUUCGAAGGAGUGGGCUCAACCAAUACCAUGAACCAUAUCAGCCAGAGGGUCGAGUUUGACCUCAGCCUUCCAGCUAUGCCAGAAUUCUCACCGGCUAAUUUCUUUGUAUCUGGAGCUGAUGAUGAGUUGGAAAGUCCACACCGCGCUAAGAAGCGGCGUGUGUUGGUGCAGAUGCCACCGCGCUAAGAAGCGGCGUGUGUUGGUGCAGAUGCCACCGCGCUAAGAAGCGGCGUGUGUUGGUGCAGAUGCCACUCAAAAUUGAAGUCAACUAAAGAAUUCCAAGUUAGAAGCCUUAUCUUUAGUUGCGUAGGAAUUAAUUAAAUUUUCGACCAGAUUGAAUGUAUUUCUUUUGGUUUUCUAAGACAUUUUAUUCUCUCUCUGUA